GCAGCACUCUUAAUGGGGAUAAUGAUACUGCAUAUUAUCUAAAUUCAAGUUGAAAAUAUAUGUAGUCUCAACUCGUUCACUAAUCUCUCUAGCAGAAUGGUAGAUAUCGAAGACUGGCUGUCAGCAAAUAAUGAAUCUGCUCUGAAAGUAGCACUGAAAUCUGCAGAGAGAACGGAGAAACAACUAGAGGAACACGUGAAAAUAUUGACCGAGUGGAUGACAACGCAACCGCAUUUACCUGAGAAACCCAGUGGGAAUUUCUUAGUUAACAUGUUGUUAAUGAACAAGUUCAGCAUUGAGAAGUGCAAACAGCGUAUCGACAUGUUUUACACAGUAAGGACUCUACUUCCUGAAAUUUACGAGAAAAUGGAUUCCAGAAUGAUGGUUCAAACAGCAAAUGAAUUGUACUUUUUUCCUUUGCCGAAAAGAACGGCAGGGGAAGACAGAAUAUACAUAGCGAAAAUAGUGGAAAAUUGUACAGAAAACUGGGACUUCGAUAGAUGGAUGGGAUAUGCUUCAAAUAUACUGGGAUUCAGAAUGGAUGAAGAUAUUUUAACGACAAACAUUGUCAUUGACGAUGUGAAUAAAAUAAAGUUAUCAGAACUGUUGAAAAUUACGCCGAUUCAUUUGAAGAAAGCAGUCAUGAUUCUAGAGAAAGUCUACAGCAAUAGAAUAAAGCAAUGGCACUUCGUGAACUGCCCAUCAUAUGCAUAUAAUUUACUGGCAUUGUUCAAAUCACUCAUAAAGCCAAAAUUAGCUUCGCGGAUAUUUAUCCACGAAGAUUGCUCCAAACUUGGUGACAUUGUACCUCUUGAAAUAUUACCCAAGGAAUAUGGUGGUUCAGAAUUGUCUCUUUUCGAACUAAAUGAAUUAUGGAAAAAGAAAUUAGCUACCAAUGCAAGUCGAUUUGACACUUUAGCAAAACUGAAAACCUAUGAGAAUCUGCGACCGUCACCUCUAGUUAACGACGAAAUUUUUGGAUUUCAUGGAAAUUUCAGAAAAUUGGAAAUGGAUUGAUCAUAUUCAAUAUCAGAUUGUCCUUUGGGUAUGAGAACGUUUUAUUGGAAAUAAUAAAAAUUAUGGAAAUAUAUUUUUGGUGAAUCGA